AUGUUACAGCCAACAACUUGGAAACAUGAACAAAACUCUUCAUGGGAUGGAAAUGAUGAUCCUCUGGUAGAUGCUUGGCCUGAUGAAGACAUCACGAGAAAGACUUGGAAUUACACCAAUAACAAAGAAAAUGUGGGAAGCUGCGGCUCCAUAAUGUCACGGACACUCCCUAAGAUUUUGAGCCAGACAGCUCCAGCAUUCUGCAUGAGCAGCUGCAGUUUUGUGGUGGAAAAGUCUAAAGAAUCUACUGCACGUGUUGUAGUCUGGAGAGAGAUAGGUGUUCAGAGAAGUUAUACCAUGGAAAGUACAUUGUGUGGAUGUGACCAAGAGGAGAAAUACAAGGGUUUGCAAAUUGGGACACAUGAGCUUGAAGAGAUGGGAGCUAAGUUCUGUUCUGGUUUACUGCGUUUGAAAAGAUUGACAUCACCGCUGGAAUACAACCUUCCACCUAGCCUCUUUGACAUUGAAAAUGAUUUGAUUGAAUCCAGUUGUAAAGUAACAAGCUAUACAGUGCCAGAUGAAGGAGAUAUUUUGAAGUUUAAUUCCAAAUUUGAAUCUGGGAACUUGCGCAAAGUUAUUCAGAUCAGAAAAAAUGAGUAUGAUCUUAUUCUGAAUGCUGAUAUAAACAGCAACCAUUAUCACCAGUGGUUUUACUUUGAAGUCAGUGGAAUGAGGGCAGCCAUUGCUUACCGAUUUAAUAUAAUCAACUGUGAAAAGUCAAACAGUCAGUUCAAUUACGGUAUGCAGCCUCUCAUGUACUCUGUUCAAGAUGCAUUAAAUGGCCAACCCUGGUGGAUUCGUGUAGGAACAGAUAUUUGUUACUACAAGAAUCAUUUUUCUAGAAGUUCAGCUGCAACUGGUGGUCAAAAGGGGAAAUCCUACUACACAACUACCUUCACUGUCAACUUCCCACAUAAAGAAGAUGUUUGCUAUUUCGCUUACCAUUAUCCAUAUACUUAUUCAGCUUUGAUGAUGCACCUUCAAAAAUUGGAAUCUACAUAUAAUCCUCAGCAGAUAUAUUUUCGCCAUGAUGUUUUGUGUGAGACCCUUUCUGGAAACAACUGUCCUUUAGUCACUGUAACAGCCAUGCCAGAAUCACAUUACUAUGAACAUAUCUGUCAGUUCAGAAACCGUCCUUAUAUUUUCUUAUCUGCUCGUGUACAUCCUGGAGAAACUAAUGCAAGCUGGGUUAUGAAGGGAACACUGGAAUAUCUCAUGGGCAAUAAUCCCACAGCCCAGGCUUUACGAGAAUCUUAUAUUUUUAAAAUUGUUCCAAUGCUUAACCCAGAUGGAGUUAUCAAUGGAAACCAUCGUUGUUCUUUAAGCGGGGAGGACUUGAAUAGACAAUGGCAAAACCCCAACCCAGAUCUGCAUCCUACAAUUUAUCAUGCCAAGGGCCUCCUCCAGUAUUUGUCUGCUAUAAAACGUUUGCCACUGGUUUACUGUGAUUAUCAUGGUCAUUCUCGCAAGAAGAAUGUGUUCAUGUAUGGCUGCAGUAUCAAGGAGACAAUGUGGCAUACAAAUGUUAGUGCUGCUUCUUGCAAUCUGAUUGAAGAUCUAGGUUACAGGACACUCCCUAAGAUUUUGAGCCAGACAGCUCCAGCAUUCUGCAUGAGCAGCUGCAGUUUUGUGGUGGAAAAGUCUAAAGAAUCUACUGCACGUGUUGUAGUCUGGAGAGAGAUAGGUGUUCAGAGAAGUUAUACCAUGGAAAGUACAUUGUGUGGAUGUGACCAAGGAAAAUACAAGGGUUUGCAAAUUGGGACACAUGAGCUUGAAGAGAUGGGAGCUAAGUUCUGUUCUGGUUUACUGCGUUUGAAAAGAUUGACAUCACCGCUGGAAUACAACCUUCCACCUAGCCUCUUUGACAUUGAAAAUGAUUUGAUUGAAUCCAGUUGUAAAGUAACAAGCCCCACUACAUACGUAAUGGAAGAAGAUGAGCCGCGCUUCCUUGAAGAAGUGGAUUAUAGUGCUGAAAGCAAUGAUGAGCCAGAUGUUGACUUGACAAAUAAUGCUGGUGACUAUGAGCCCUGUCUUCAAGAAGAUGGACUUUCUGACUCUGAAACUACAAGGACACAUUUGCCUUAAGACAUCCUUGAAACACAAAGAAAAAAUUAAGUAUUGUGGCUUUUGGAAGAUGGACAGGGUGGGUUCUAUAACUUUGCAGUUUUGCUCAAGCAAAUGAGAUUCAAUCAGUUCAGCUGAAAAACAAUAAAUGUUCUGGCUUUUAAA